CUUUUGGCAGCUUCUCAACGAGUUCCACUCCUGAGUUUCCAUCUUAAGAAGUUCUUCGGUAAUCAAAACCCCUUUCAAAAUGUUCAAGCUGUUCGUUUUCCUCGCCUUCUGCCUGGCUUUGAGCUGUGCCGCUCCCGGUUUGCUGCACUCGUCGCCCAUCCUGACCCACUCGUACCACAGUCUGCCCUCGGUGCGAGUGAUCCACCAGCCCAUCUACACCUCCUCCAUUGGAGGCUAUGGAGGCUAUGGAGGCUAUGGUCAUGGCCAUGGACACGGCUUCGGCUGGAUCUAGGCGGAGCCAUCUCACAAAUAGGCGUCCUCGAGCAGCCGACAGAGCUCCUGUCGCCCCAGGCUGUUCCUUGGAGUCUAGCCAUUUUUUUGAUGGACAUGCCUCGAAUAAAGUUCUGAAAUUGGUCUGAAAUUUA